GUUUAGUUCUGAAUUUCUCGGCUUUCUCAUCUUACUCAUUAGCUCAAGACAAUACUGUAAAACACUGGAACUCAUAAACAAUGAAUUUGAUCUAAAAUACCAAGCUAAUUCACAAUAUGACUCCAUUGUGGCAAUGCUGAAUGCGUUACGGCAAACACCAAGAAGCUUACUUCAGAUGACAAAAUUGAAAGUUUGGGAAUGUGUAGGAAGAAACAAACACAAUCUAAUCAAACUUGAAGAGAUUCCAACCAGAUUAAAAGAGUCAGUUCUUGCAAUGUUUAAAUUCAAAUAUUUAGAUGAACUAAGAUAAAACCAGAUGGUGUAUGAUUGCUGUAAUUGAGUACGAAAAUGUUGUAAUUUAAUACAGAAUAUUGCAAUCCUUAAGUUUUGCUAGACUUCCAAAAUAUUGCACAAUUUGUGAUUUCUAUUAUGAAAUCACUAUAGUUACGGGACAAACUAUUACCAGAAAAUUGUAUUUUUGUGAACUUCACUGUUAUCCCUGA